CUGGACCCUGGUCACUAUUUGCCGCAUACAAGUGUAUACUGUACAAGCAACGCGGCGGUCCCCGUCCUAGCACACACCGCCCUAGCACACUCUCCCGACCCAUCACCGCGUCACAAGGCGCCUCCGCCUCUUUAUCUCAAAGAUAAAGACAAAGCUCCUCAAGCUCCUGCCACUCAGGCUCCCUCCAAGGCGGUCAAUGCCUGGUUUAGAAAUAAACCCGCCGCACCAAUCACUACCACGUCGCCGGCCGCGCCCGCGCCUUCAACUGAGCGAAACAGCGGAGUCUCCAACCCCCUGUCUUGUAUCACCAAGUAUUUUGAGGCGUUCGAUCCGCCCGAACUACUCAUCUUAGCGAAUAAGCUCAAGGCUUGUCAAAGCGACGACAACGGCCGUUUAAAUGCGAUGGCUGAUGGCAGCCCACCUGAGAUAACUCUCAGGGCGGCGCCUCGCCGCGGCAACACUCCCACCCGAGACACCAGGGCUGCAAACGCUCACCACAACGACCCGCCUGUUUUUACAGGCGGAGUGGAGGCCAGCUUAGGGGGCCGUUGCCCCGACAAGCUCACCUCGACCCUCCCUACAGGGGGGCCUGAGAUGACCCGAUGUGCGAAAAGAGAGGACUCUCAGUUGGGCAUUCGCGCGGCGCAGACGUGCGUAAUCAGUGUUCCGAUGGUGUUUGUGUUACGUGUCAACAAGUUACAGAAGAGGUCAGAAGAUCGACGUGUCCGGCGUCGAUAG